CACACACGCGGGACCUUUCUAGUAUUUGACUUUGGAGAGCUUAACUGGAUUUGCGAUUCGUCGUAGAAUAGGAUCGACAUCCAAAUGUUCAUCAUUGUUGCCGCGGAUGUCUUCCGUUCUGACCAGAGUUCCACGACUGACAUGUCAAAGGUUUUGUGGUCAGACUCCACAGACACUGUCGACCGUGACAGCUGAAAGAGUAGAGUCGCAACGGGUUUAGUCACUCACUAUUCGACCGAUCCACAUCCAUGAUGACGUCGCUGUCGCUACAGACGAAAUAAGGCAACAAUUUAGUUUUGAAGAAGUUCCUUAAGACCUACAUUGUCUGACAAACCGAUGGAGGUUCUGGACACACACAGUGACUGUAUCCUGAGCAGCGAGGGUUUCUGACAUUUUGAAUGCAGGGAUUAGAAAAACAUGUUGCUGCGUCUACCGUAGUGUCAUGAAUUAAUUAUCCAACAUCAUGGAAUACCCUGACAAGAAAUACAAUUCUUGCUUUCAUAAUGUGUUAAAAUUUCAGACUGUGGAAAUAAUUCGCUUCAAAGGAUUACUGCAAAUCCUCUAGCUACUUCUUGAUUUAAAAAAAAAAAGAAGAAAAAAAAAAGUGUGUUAAAAUAAUAUUACGUGUGUAUAGUAGAUGAAUAUUUGUUGAAAAGGAAAAAUUAUUUGGAAAUUGAUGAAACCGAAACCAACGUUGUGUUGAUUGUUUUACGACUGUGAACAAACGGAAUAUUUUAUCAUUUUCUUGGAAGCAAUCGCGUUCUUGAACCCAAGUUCAAAAACAUCUUUAUUUUCGGAAUGGUGUUAAAGUUGCUAGCGCGAAUCUCACUUCUACAAACAAACUCAGCGCCGAGGUUUACUCAACGUUGGGAAAACAGCGUGUGAUUUUAUUCACCGAUAGCAGGUCGCUCCUCUCAUCUGGGGAAACAGUGUCGUACUAUAUUAACACCCCCAACCCCACCCACCCAUAUAACUGCUAAGCCACAGAGUGGAAGUAUUUUUGAAGCGACUGUCCAGCAAUACUAACAAAGAGUGUAAACGCAUUGGGAAGCCGUAUCAGAACGGGGAGUAUUGAACGUGUCUGCAUAUCGAUUCAAUAGAGCCAUUUUUGCAUGCAUUAGCAAAGUGUUUGUGAAGUUUCUCCACAGUAAGCAAGAGAUUCUCGACCGAUGCAUCAGAAGAGGCUAAGUUCUCGGAUAUAGUCAUCGUUUGAAAUCGAUGCAUUUUUAUUGGUGAUUACCGUUUUUGUGGACACUAAAAGUGUUCUCCCUGUCCGCUGACCGCCACUAACUCUCUGUCUCUCAGGAGAACUGUGGGUGUGAUGGCGACCAAAUCCGAUGACGCCGAAACCGUCUUCACGUACGACAACAACACGAUCGCGGCCGGCGCCAACGUCACGCAGGUCGUGGUCGACGUCCUGCAGAACCUGUCGACGACAAGCUCGAGGCCCAACUCAACGACGUCGUCGUCGUCGUCACUACCGCCGGAACGCGAGCUGUACGCUCAGGUCCUCAUCGCCGUCGUGCUCACCGUCAUGAUCUUCGGCACCAUCGUCGGCAACUGCUUAGUGUGCAUCGCCGUCGGCAUAGUUAAGCGCCUCCAGUCCCCCUCCAACCUGCUGAUUGUCUCCCUUGCCGUCGCAGACUUGUCCGUGUCCAUCUUUGUGAUGCCUCUGGCAAUGGUGCUGGAGAUCAAGCAGAGUUGGAUUCUCGGCCACACCGUCUGCGACCUGUGGACGUCGCUGGACGUCCUGCUGUGCACGGCCUCCAUCCUCAACCUGUGCAUGAUCAGUGUGGAUCGGUACUUUGUCAUCACGAAGCCAUUCCAGUACGCCAUGAAGCGGACUCCGAAGCGAAUGGGCAUAAUGAUCCUCAUCGUGUGGGUGUCGUCUGCUCUCAUCUCCAUCCCGCCGGUGUUCGGCUGGAAGAGUCCCAGGGAGACGGGCCAGUGCUUCAUAAGUCAGCAGAUCGGUUAUCAAAUCUAUGCAACAGUGGGUGCCUUUUACUUGCCUUUAAGUGUCAUGAUCGUUGUGUAUUUCAAAAUAUGGAGGGUGUCCUCGCGAAUCGCCAAAGAGGAGGAGAAGUCGAAAUUCAACAGACAUCCAGAAUCAGUGACGUUUCAGGUGGGGAGGCCGUCUCACGACAGUGGCGACAGUCGCAUCCUCCCGAACGGGACGGUGAAGGACCACAAUGCAUUGGAUAAUGAUGCAGAGGAAAUAUUGCCAAAGAUGAAUAAUUCGAAAAGACGGCUCACAUUGCGGAAUAUUCUGCCAAAGUCACAUACAAAAUUAACUACUUCCAAGGAACGGAAGGCCACGAAGACGCUGGGGGUGAUCAUGGGAGGCUUCACAGCGUGCUGGCUUCCUUUCUUUAUACUGGCCGUGGUAAGACCUUUCGUCGAGGAAAACGCCAUACCGGAAUGGCUGAGCAGUGUGUUAAUGUGGCUGGGCUAUUUCAAUUCGUUUCUAAAUCCAGUAAUAUAUGCACGGUUCAACCGAGACUUCAGAAAUCCGUUCAAGGAGAUUCUGUGUUUUCGCUGCCGUGGAAUUAAUCACCGGAUGCGGGCGGACAGUUACGUUGAGCAGUACGGAGGAGGGCCCGUCCCUUCGUACAGAGACAGCUUGCGCCCGCCCGCCGAAACCGUGGUCAGGUAUAACAGUCAUGGUGAGACUUUGGUCCAGAUCGGAAACGGUUCGGCCAAUGGUCAAAGAGAAAGCAAAGUUUAGUGUUGUUUUUCUUUUUUUUCUUUUUUUUUUUCAGUUAUGUAUGUACAUCGCCAAAUUUAAUUUUCUGUAUAUUUAUGAUUUUUUUUUUUAAUGUACAUAGACACUGAAAUGUUAAUGUAUAUUUAUUGUUAGCUUGCCAGACGAUUUUUUAUACAGUAUUUAAAGCUUAACAUUUGAUGACAUAUCUAAUAUGAUGUUACGUACGUCAUAUACACAUAUACAUAUAUGUAUAUUAAAUAUCCUGUAGAUCUAUAUGCAUAUGGAUAUGUUUACAUGUUAUAUAUAUAUAUAUGAAUAUGUGUAUAUGCAUAUGAACAUUGUCACGAAUAUUUAUAUGUAUAUGUGUGUGUGUACAUUUAUAUGUAUGCAUAUAUGCAUAUGCUUAUGCAUGUGUGUAUGUGCAUAUAUGUGUAUAUGUAUAUAAGGUUGCCAAUGAUGUUAACACUCAUCUGUUGCUCGACAAUAGUCCGUUAAUACGUCAUCAAGUUCGUUCGUCUUUUUAACAGAAGUGUACCUAUUAACACGAGACUGGUCUACCAUUUUAAGUGUGCGUGUGUGUAUUAUAUUGCCAUCAUUAAUAUCCAUAUCAUUUUCUAACUUUCCAUUAUUUGUUUGUUUUUUCUUCUCAAAACCAUAAUCGCAUUAUCGUAUAGUUACAGCAUGUGUCAUCGUGUCGUGUUAAUAACACACCAUGUGUGUUGAUGUUAAACCAUCGUUUCAGGCAGCAGGUUGUUCAAAGAUUGGACAUGACAUUGUCAAUAAUACAGGGACGUGCCCUUCCUCCGACUGGCAAAGGUGUUCAUUGUAAAAUGCUGUGCACACGUUGCUCACCCCGAAUCUUCCAAGACAAAAAUAGCUGCUGACUUUUACUUGUAAUAGCCUCAUUUCAGAUGUGCAUAAUUAUUCAUUAGUGUUUUCGUCCAUUGGAGCGCGAAUCUAUGUAAAUGUAGCGAGUUCAGAUGUAGUGUCUCUUUUUUUUCCAAAGAGCUGGGGUUUUGUGUGUGUGUUUUACUGGUUUGUAAUCUUAAUGUAGUAAUGUUAACAGUAUCACAAAUCUUCCCUAACCAAAGUAUCUGUUGACAAUGCAUUCAGUUAUUACAUCAUUGUUUAGUUUGAUUACACAAUGGAUUGUUCAUAUGACCCGUGGCAUGUGAAAACCGAUAACUCAGUAAAUAAAUAAAUAAAUAAAUAAUUAAAUAAAUGUUUAAGGACACCUAAGGACGACAAAUGCAUCGGCUAUUGGGUGCCAAAACCAAUGGUACAUAUUAGUAUAUGAAGGAAUCGAUGAUCAACAUUUAUAUAAAAUUUAAAUGUUAAAUUGAAACAGUUUAAAAAAAGACUUGUCACAACUACUCAUUAGAAGACAUAAUAAAUUUUAAACGAAAUAUAUUUUAACGGCCAUGCCAUCACCCCCUAUAACACGACACUUUGCAUAACAGCCACCUGUCUAUUAGUUGUAUUUAGAUGUCACACCAAUCAUCACAUUGGGAAUAUUUAUAUUAGCCAGUAAUUAUAAGUCAAUCAUUUAUGCAAAUCGCCAAUUGCCAGUCUGUAUAAAAGCACAAACUAAAACAGUUACGCUGAAUUGAAUAAAUCAAUGCAUGGCUGUACUUUGUUUCAUAUAACUAGUGGGGAGGGGUAUCAGAAAAUAAAAUCAGAGAAGUUAUGUAGUGUUUUCUCCAGUUGGACACAUUUUUUGUGUGGGUAGGGGGUAGGGUUGUAACUUCCCCGUGCCCUCCCCCGUUAGGUACCGCCAGGCAGUGACUGCUUAACAACAUCCCAGUGUGAAAAAUACAUCGACCAGUUUUGGGUGUCAGAGUGAUGUCACCACUGACAGGGUGGCACUGAAGGAUUAUAUUAAAGGGACUGUCCUGAGUUUGCUGCCAUUGUAAGAUGUUUCCCAUUGAUACAAUAUUUUAAUUACUAAAACUGCAUAUUAAAUAUAAUUUCUUGUUUAAAAUAUCGGUAUAUUUAAUGUCUUUCUGGUCGUCCUAAUAUUUUUGUAAGAAGCCCAAAAUGGAUUUGGUCUCCCAAUAAUUUAGGACGUACAAAAAAAGAUAUAGUAGAAAAUAAUAUGUUGUUGAUCUAGUACAGACACUAGUUACGAUCAGAAACACAUUUAAUAUACAGCCACUGAUGACAAAUGUAUGUAGAAAAAAUGUAUUUCAUAUGUAAUUUAAAUCAUUAAAACAUAUCUGUUAGUCGGUAACAUAUUAACAAGAGCAACACACUCAGCAAGUCUCAAUAAAUAAUAGUUUAGACUGCAUGUAAAGUGUACCUAGUCUGGGGAUUUUUAUUAAUUGUUUUUAAUGCGAGUCGACAGACCUUUACAUGUUUUAUUGUAGGUUGCCAGUUUUCCAUUCCACGGAUCAUAAUAUUAUUUUAAAAUAUGUUCUAUGUAAAACAAUAGGUACAUGUUCAGUUAUAUCAACCGCAGUGGUUUUUAUCACAUGUAUUAUAUAUAUAUAUAUUUCUAUUUACUGCAAUUAUCAGUUUGAUUUUGUUUUUUUAUGUUACAAGCCACCAUUGCCAAACCUUUGAAGCAAUAACCAUACCUGUAGUUACGUUAUGUUUUAAUGUAUAUCUGUUUGUUUCUUCUAUUAAGAUUUUUUUUAAAGAAUUUUUUUAAAACGAUCAUGUAUUAAGUUAGAAUAUGAUACAUUUUAUUUACAUUAUUCAUUUAAUAUUUUAAACGGCUUAGAAGUAUCUGUAAAGUAAUCGAUUAUAAGCGUAUACGAAAAUACCAGGGCUGUAAAUACACUGUCAGCUACACCAUUUCAGAGUUGAACCGUUAAGUGCUCUUCACGUACAUGUAGUGAUCAAUUAAUAUUCGUUGAAAAUCUUUUUCUAGCAAAUAUAAAUGUUAAUCUUGUUCAUGAAUAUAUUCAUCUGAACGUAUUUAAUAACGUGUCCACUGUUGUGACACCUGCCAGCUAACGGUUCAUGAAUAUCUUUGAGUUCUAGUUCUAGAAGUAAGACAGCAGGUUCUGUAGGUGUGUGUUGGAGAGAGAGAGAGAGAGAGAGAGAGAGAGAGAGAGAGAGAGAGAGAGAGAGAGAGAGAGAGAGAGAGAGAGAGAGAGAGAGAGAGAGAGAGAGAUUUUUUUCUCAACUCAUUUCUUCAAAAUUAAAAAUUAUGUAGUACACAUAGGACAGACGUUCCAAGUGCCCGCCCCUACCAUCCUCCACCCGCCCCUAAUAUCCGCCUCCUUGACACCCCAUCUACAUGAGAUACAGCUCCGCCAUACGAACAUGGUCAAUUCUUGUACAAAACAUUUCAGAACAUUUUCGCUUGUAUUGUUUCAUUUCAAAAUAUUUACAGCAAAGUAAACAAAAUGUACUUAAUGAUGUUUCUAGUUUAUGUCUGAACCUUUUUUUAAAUUAAUAUAAAUAAUAGCGGAUCCACAAUCAGUCGUUGGGAAUGGGAUGACGGCGCCAUACUCAGGACCUUGAAAACUCGGCGAUGACAAUGGACAGAUAUAGGGUUAUUAAAAAGGGCGAGAUUAUAACGACCCUAUUAAUAUACGAGUAACACACAGUGCUGGUAAUGUCGGUCAAGUGCAGGUGCCAUUAGAAACAUUUCUUAGCUCUCUGCUAUCGCCUUUUCUUUAUUUUAGGAACACUUUCCACUGGGGUUUAAAAGUUUAACCGCAAGAUAGUAGAGAUAUAUCACACAAAUAUGAAAAACAUUUACGCAUCAAAUGAAACAAAAUGUUGGCUUUUAGUUGAUUCUAGGAAUAUAUCUUCAACGGGGCCUCUGAACAGGUUGGGUGCACAACAACCAUUGUUAGCGUUCUAUUCAAAUAAUUCAGCCAAGUUGUAUAUUUUGACAUAAUGCUAAGGACAUUCGGUAGGCAGACAGUUCAACAGACCAACAGAUAACAAAGAACGAAGUGAUAAGAUAGAGAGAGAUACAGACAGACUAACCAUAUCUGAAAUAUAAGUACAUAUUAAAAUGCAAGUAUCGCAUAAAUGAUGAAAUAAGCCAGUCAAUUUUUAAACGUAAUUAAAGGCGGUCUCAGUAGUUAUUGGCGUACCACGUCGUUCAUUCCCAAUUUUCUACCAUUAUUUUAUCUAUACCAGUUUCUCUUUUGGUUUUCUGUUCCCUUCAUUCAAAGACGCAUCCAUUUUCUAUAAAAUAAAUAUAAAUAAUGAAGAAAAUAGUGAAGCUUUCACGGACACGAAUGCAAUAAAAAAAAAAAGUUUUACAUAUUCUAAAAAAAAAAAAAAAAACUUCUGUUAAAACUAAGUUAUUUUCAUUUCAUGCGCACACAUACUUUACCUGUGGGUCAAUUCGGUAUCUGUAGUGUUAAUUUCAAUAGACGGUUUGGGUGUUAGGCCUAGGUCAUCGCCGUGGAGCAGAGCAACCAAUCAGAUCUCUUUAAAUUGGUGUCCAACAUGUGUCGGAUAUCUCCUUGUGAUAUAAAUCUCAGACGCAGUAACUCUCAGGUGGGCGAGUAAGACUAUUACUAGGUUAGUUAAUCCCGCAGUAUUUUCUAUCACGUGAUACACCCAUGGCGAUUGCCUGGUUGGUGGUGUGACAUAACAGCCACGAACAAUCGCCGGGUGCUCGCCAUUGCCAAUAAAUAUAUUCAUUAUCGACUCUCCGUUGCCAGUGGUCCCCAGUGCACAAACACAUUUUAUGCAUAGAUGUUUAUUUAUUGCUCUUUUAUUGUGUAGUUGUUUUUAAUGCAUAAUUUAUUACAACAUGUUUCCUGAUAUAAUCGAUUUUGUACGAGUUGUGCAUAAUGUUAAGUUUACAUACUUCAUAAUUUUUAUCCGUACAAUUUACUUUUGACCUGAUAUGUAUAUUUUAGGAUUUAUUAAUUGAGUACUCCGAUUUCUACUGAUUUAUUGAUUUUAUAGGAAUAUUUUCUUCUUGACUUUUUUUCUGUUGAUAAUCGAUAUAUUGCACACCCAGUUAACUCGAUAAUAUCGAAACUGCAAUGCGGUUGGAUUCAUCUUUCUCCCUUGAUGAGUAAUCCAUGCUAUGUCGACUAAUGGUGAAUUGAAAUAUCUGUCAGGUUCUGUGCCGUUAUCCUAACAAAAUCGAUAUUUAUUUCUUUAUUCAUUAAACAUGGGUUUGGCUUUUAUGCCCUUUCAUUUUUAACUUUUAACCAGGUCUUAAUAUUAAGGUCAAUGCAUACGUUGCUUUCAGCAUUUCUCCAUCAUUGUUUAACAAGAAAUUGAUCCCUCUAAUAUUUAAUUGCCUCGUUGUGCAUGUGGGUAUACACAACUAAACGAUAAAUCUUUCAUCAAACGCAUAGUUUCAGUUCGGUCUUAAAUAUUUUAAAAUAUUCAAGUCUCGAAUAUCUUUAAGAUUUAUCUCGCUAAAACCAUCUGUGGUUUACAUUAGGAUAGUUAUGGGGAGCUCUAUUAUUGAACUACUAGCAUACGAAUGAGAUGGUUUUUGCGUCAUUUUAUUUUAAACAAACCUUCUUCCUACACUAAAGAUUAAAACAUUAUUGUAGGAAGAAAGGUUCACAGUUCAAAAAUACGUAACCGUGCUACUAUAUAUAAUAAAUGAUAUUUUAUUUUUGAUACAAAAUAUAAAGGGAAUGUUCUGCGUUUGCUGCCAUUGUUAAAAUGGUAUCCGACUAAGAGAUACGUUUCAGUGACUAAAAUUGCAUAUUGAGUUUUAAAAAUAUCUAUAUAAAAUACUAGUAUCUGUAUAUUAAAAAUGUUUCAGAUCGUUCUAGUUCAUUUUAUUUCCUAAUUAUAAGAUAUAUAAUUAUAAGAGUCUAUGACUUUCAAACGGGAAACUAGAGCUUGUCUCCAUAACCGUUAUUUCUCAGAGGUACGUGCGUUUUUAAAAAACAUGAAAAAUGAAUUUUAUGGUAUUAAAAACAUCAGGAUAACCAGAAAUACUUCGAAUGUACGGAAAUUGAUAAUUUAAACAAUAAAAUCUGCCUAAUGUCUGAUUUCAGUUAUCAAAAAAACGGUUGUUACAGUGAAAAAUACGCCGUAGUGUUUAAAAUCUAGGGUCUGUCGCUUUAAUGUUAUUCUACAUCUUAUAUAACUAAGCAGCUGUAGGUGAGAGAGGAACAGAUCUGGGGCGGUCACGGGGUCGGUUCUGUAGUAUGGUAGGAAUGUUGUUAAAACCAGAUUUAGUGCACCCGCCUCACGUUCGAAGGAAGGUGUGGGUGGGCCUUGAAACCUCUAGUUGUUAACUCGUCGGUACGACGUGAUAAACAGUUCACCGAAUUGCCGAUACUACAUCAUAGUUUCCACUGGCUUGCUCUCAUAUUACGUCUUCUGAAUGAAAAAAAAAGUGUGAGCAUUCCGCUUUCGCUAGUUUUUAACACAUUACACAGACAGUUUUGUUUAAUUUGUGGAAAAAGUAGAGGAUUCAGUACAAAAUAAUAAAUAAAUAAAUAAUUUCGUCUUUUAAAGAAGUCAGGGUAGGGUGUGAAAUUGUCGUUUUUCUCUUAUAGUAUACCUACUUCCUCCUAUCCCCCACUUUCAUUGACACAGUAGCGGAUUUAGUACAAAGGCAUAAAUAAAAUAAAAUAAAUAAAUAAAUAAAUACCAUAAUUAAUUUUUUCUUCUUUUAAAGAAGUCAGGGUGGGGUGUGAAUUUUUAGUGGGGUUUUUUUUGUAUGAUACUUACUUCCUCCCACCCCCAACUUUCAUUGACAUUUGUCAGUCGAAGUCUGUCCUCUGCCAUUUGUUUAUGUCAUUUUCAUUUUACACACAUACAAAAUGCAUUUGCUUAUUCAGUAAUAUAUAGUGUGCAUCAAAUGCAUCGAAACGAAACAGAGUAUAUUUUUAUUUCUAGCUCUUGGACGAUAUUACAAUCAUUUUUGUUUUACGUGUUUUAGCUUGGCGCAGUGCCUAAACUCUGCAUUGUUGCUCAAUUUUGUUUAUAGAAUUCGUUUUUUAAAAUAAUUAUUUAUUGUUUUAGUGUUGUACUUUACCGUGAGGAUAUUUACUUCACGCACCGACAUUGUACUGAAUGUCACACCGUGUAGAGAGACGUGUUAUACCGGGAAAUGCACGUGGAUGACGCAUACUAUUGAUUUGUGAAAACUUAUCUAUUGUACUUUCCUUUACAACAAUCACUGUCUUCUGUAGAUGUAUGGAGUACACGUGGCGAGGCUACAAUAUAUUUUUUGUCUGCCCGUCUGGAAUUUAAAAUGCCUAUAAAAUUACUAAUUACAUUUUGUUACGUUUCGUAUUUUUUUAUCAUUACGGAGUUGAUUAAAACGUCUGUGUUCUGAUAAAAGAAAACUAUACUUAGCAUUCGUAGAUUUUCAAUAACCUUGAAAUAAAAUGAAUUUGUUCUUAGCCGUUUUGGUUGUCAUAUAUGUUAUGGCAUUUUAUUAUUCCAGAUAAAUUAAAACAAUUGAGUUUUGAAAUAUCAGCUUAUUCUGAAAUGGAUAAACGAUUCGGUCAAACGUCUUUUUGUCUCAAAUCUUAAAGUAGUUUCUGAAAUAGAUAAAACAAGAAUCGGCCACAGGUGUUUCAAAUCUUAUCUGUCACUUUUGCAAUUGCUAAAUAUAAACUAGGGGAAAAACCUUCAACCAAAGUCACAUUGUUUGCAGUUGUUUUCCCUUGUAUUGUUAUAUAAUCUAAUGAAUAUGCAUAAUCAUGUAACAUAUGUACCUCGUGUUAUGUGUGAACAUUUGAAUAUCUUCGAUACACUGGAAUUAAUAAUCCAGUUUGUGGUGCGAGUCAUCAUAUACAAAAUAAAUAAUGGUGCCUGCCACACGUAAAUAAUAAAUUUUCCAAAUGAACAAUUAUUAAUACUUAUAUGUCACAACUUGUUACUAAAAAUCGCAUUGUCAGAAGACACCUUUAUGUAUUUUUUUUUCAACGAACUGGUUUUGUUUUUGCUAUGGUCACUGCUGUGUAUACGUACAAGGAAAUGUUUUAAAAAGUCAUCCACGUGCACAAAUCCUUAAUAUUAGUUUAUUUUGUGUUUGAUUAUGCAUGUACUGUAAAUUGAUAUCAUCUCACUGAACCGGGACACCGUCACGGGCGUGCGGCGUAGUCAGCGUGCGGACUUCAAAUGACUAAAAUUCCAACAUGUAGUCCUACAGUUAUCUGAUGAGGUGGGUUCAAUCCCAGUGAAUGCUCAACUCGGUGGGUGGGGAGGUGUAAGACCAUUACAUCGACUUUUCUUUGACUAACUAUUAACUAUUCAUUAUUCUGCACAGCCCAGCAAAUAGCCGGGGUGAUUGCACAAGACAGCGUGCUUGAACCUUGAUUGGAUAAAUAAGCACGAAACUGUAAAAUAAAAUGAAAACUGCACUAAAUACACUCUCCUAUGGAGAUGGGUCAUAGUUUCGCCUUUAUAAAACCACUUAACGUCUAUAUAUGCUGCUGACUUAAAUUAUAAAGGCACGUAAUGGGCGUAUAUUGUUCUUAUUGUUGUUAUUAUUAAUAAAAUGUGAAUUAUUAUUAGUGCAGUUACCAUUUAUGUGAACAGUUUUCCAUUCAUCAAUCUGAAGUAGUGGUGUGUGCAAGAAAUACUACCCUGCCUAUAUAUAUUUCAACAGCUUGUUCAAUCGAUUAUUACAACAUACGUCUAAACGUUAUAGCGGUUUGUGGUGCAGAUUGCAUUCUAAAUUGGCAUUUGUACCUUCGGUUGGUCCGGACAACGCUCAUGUAACUCAACUAAGACCAUUUUUAAACAAUUUCUUUCGCCUCUAUAUUUUGGAUUGGCUUCUAAAAUGUGAGUUUUUUGGGUACCAGAAACACAAUUAUUAAAAAUAUAAGCAUAAGCGUACGGACAUUUUUAUAGGGGCGAGGUGGGGCAGGCUGAUUUUUGCCUGAAUUAAACAAUUAAUUAAACAUGGCUUACAGCUAAUAUUGAGGGUAGAAUAAUGAAAAUACAUUGUGAAAAGUGUUCAGGCCAGCUCAUUUUGUACGAAUUUCUCUAUUGUUUGCACGAAUUUCAGGAAUUUUUUUCCUCCAGAACUGGGGGGUAGGGGUUGCAGUUGCCCCCGCCCCAGUCUCGUACGCUUAUGCAUAUAAGUGGGCAGUCGAAGUCAUUUUGUCCGUAUAAUAAGUUGUUUAUAAAUAAUUCAUUUUGAUCGAUCUCAAGUGACAGAAAUAGUUCAGCAUACCUAGCUGUUUGAAAUAUAAUUCUUACCCAAUCCCAACACCCCACCCACACUCACACAACCCCACCCACACUCACACACCCACACGACUGAAAAAGGCAAAUAGACGCCCGUGCUGCCCGAGGGUCGGCUGUUCUGCUUACGCCGUAUGUUCUAUUCAGUUUGUGUCGGGAACAGGAGCCGAUGUAAACUUGGGUUUUGUUGUCCCGACGUUGAAAAUUACCCAUUUUCAGCGCCACAUGAUCAAAAGCAAUAGAAAUGAUCAAAAUAGGACUCCAGUUGUGCCCCGUGUACUGUGAUGGAUCCCAGCUAAUUUGUAGACUAUUAACUGUGUUGACAAAACGUAGCCAUCCGUUAAAGGUGAUGGAUAUCGGAUGUUAAUCAUCACCACUGACUGCAUCGUCCUGUUAUUAUUUAACAAUGGAAGUCAUAUCUAUGGCAUCUUGAAUGUCGUGCCGUUUCAGCAUUCAUGGUGGCUUGUGGGUCUUAACGAUGUUUCAUGAAAAAAGUGAAUGUUCAUGAAUGAGGAAUUUUAUAUUCUUACACGAUGAGUGUAGGAAAUUUACAUUUUUGUCGUAAAACUAUUAAGUUAAAGAACAAUUUGUUUUUAAAUAUUAACGGCCAGUUUUCUGUGUGGGUUUUGGGGCUUUUUUAGUAAUAUAUAAACGCCAGUAUAUUUGAUAUUAAAACAGAUAAUCGUACAUGUAUUUCUUUUGAAAUGUUUUAUAUUUUGGAACUUUUUUUUAUGGUUUUAAGUAAAACAUUUUUUUAACAAAAGUCACAUUUAUUAUAUAUACAUGUGAAGAAGUGUGGUUAAACUUUAAAUUUUUAUGACAAACUUUUCACAGGUGUAAACACAUAGUACUAAAAGAUCGUUGCAGUUGUAACAUAGUAAGCAAAGAGUGCGUACUGUUAUAAGUACACACUGCGAAUGUCACAAGGUAUCGAGAUGUAGCUAAUAUUGUACUUAGUGUUCUCUGCUGUAGAAAACAAAAACAAAUCAAUGAAUUUUGAAUACCUUCUGGUGCAAUUAGUUAAUAUUGGUGGUCUUAUUUACCAUCCAGCAACAGUCAUUUGUGUAUUUAAUUGCACUGUUAAAAUUUCGUUAUGGAUGUUAACGACAACUGUUACUCUUUAACUCUAGUAACCUCCAGCACUCGUCUUACAGGGCUAGAGGUUACUCGAUCUACUCUUAACCCCGCCUUUUUCUUUUGUAGGCAAAGAACACCGAGGGCCCACGGAUAUCGAUCUGAGUUUCCGUCGUAGCGUUGUUCGUUAGUCGGGUAAUGUCGGAAACGGCCGACACUAACUGCUAUAAUUAGCCACCCAAUAGACUGGCUCGGCUGUGUCCGGCUGGAAUAAUAAUAUGUGAUAUGUCAUGUUUUGUGUUUGUUAGCAUUUGUUACUGUUAAAAAAAAGUGUUAUUGUUAUUGUAAAUGAUUGUAAAUCGAUGCUGUAUCAUUUCAAGGCUGUGAUCAACUUCAUAAUAUCAUAAUAUCAAAUAUGAAAAGUG